AUGGCUCUAACUUCAAAGUCGCCCUCUACGUAUAUCAACAACUGUGGAAAAGAGGAAAAUGAUACGAACGGCAACUACAAGCCACCAAGCCGUAUAUUCCCCAAUCCUUCCUGUCUAAGCGGCACUGCAAAACGCCGGCCAGCCUCCCAUGUCACUUUUACCAACGGCCACCCGAAAUUUGAGACAAAACAAGCUCAAAAUCGCUACAAGCCCACCGCGGAUUAUGGUACAGCCUGCCUUGACCGUCCUCGUCGAAAUACACCCCCAGCCCAGUGCGGAAGACUUUCAGGUGGGAAACUGCAAAGAGCAGAGCAGAAACGGUCUACCACCUUCCUUCCCGGGAGCUUACAUAAGGGCCGCUGGAGGCCUAAAACCUAUUAUCCUGUGGUUAUUCUCGCUUGGGACGACAAGCGAGUCGACAUGAAAGCGAUGCCCGAAUGUCACUGUUUUAUUGAGAAAGACGGGAGGAUCGUAAGAUGGGCGCCUGGUUACGAAAAUAGCGGCAGCUUAGCAUAUGACCGGUGGUUUCCUAUUAUGUACCUCUGCAAAAAACCUUGUCCUGGAUGGAUGCAUGCGCGGGACUUUUUCGAAUUUGACGACAAAAAACUCUCGCAAAUUUCCAGGGUGCGCGGGAGACAUGCAUACCUUCAAAAGGAGCCCGGAAAUGGCCAAUUGGAACCUACUACGAAAUUUGUUGGGUUAGAGGUUAAAAAGAGUAAGACUUGGUGGGACACUGUGUUGAUUUAG